AUGGACGAACUAUGUGAUUAUUCAACAAUAUGGGAAAAUGUCCAUCGAUUUGAACAGCUUACUCCAACUAUAAGAAGUUUAUUUGUUCAUAAACUUUAUAAUUAUGGUAAUGACUAUGGAUUUGAUUCAACAACAACUCCUAAUUUAAAACGAGAGACAACUUCAGCACUUUUGUUUCAGAUAUUUCAAGAGACAGAAGAACAUCCUGAGUUUAUAUUAAUAACAAAAUUUUUAAAAAAUGUUAAUGGAAUUAAAGAAGUUAUUCCAUUAUUAUUACAACAAAUAUCAUAUUAUUCUGAAUUAUUACUUACGAAUAAAACAUCUGAAAUGGUACAAUUUACUACUAUUGCAUUUGGAUUAUUUAGAAAAAUUAUUGGGGGAGUAUUUGUUGAAGAAAUAAAUUAUUCAGAACUUGAAUUUAUUCCAAAACAAUUUAAUGAACAAUUAAAAAAAUGUUAUUUUUUAUGUUUAGAUAAUCCAACCCAACUUUAUUCAUAUUUAGUGGAUGAAAUUUUAUUUUUAUUUCUUAAUGUCUUUUAUUUUAAAGCAAAAAGUACGAACAAUAAUAUUUCAUCUUAUGUUGAAUCAUUAUUUUAUGACAAAUUUAAUUAUCAUAUUCAAAAUGAAGAAGUUAUUUUCUUUAUUAAACAUCAAAUUGGAUUAUCACAAAUAUUAUUUCGUUUUUUGUUUGUAGUUUUUUUUUGUUAUUAA